CUAGAGAUAAAUGGUCUGGGAUUAGGGGUACAGAUAUUCUUUGUGGGAUGCCUGGUUCAGUUUCAGUUCAGCCUUGUUCAGAUCCACUAUGAGUACCAACAUCUGGGAGUCAAACGAGGAGAUUCAGUUCUUUCGUGAAUACCUACGGAUCCCCAGUGUGCACCCCAACCCGGAUUAUGAGCCCUGUGUCGAGUUCCUGAAGAGUCAAGCUUCAGGCUUGGACUUACCCAUCAAGAUAUGCCAUCCUGCCAAUGAGAAGAAUCCUGUGGUGGUCCUCACCUGGGAGGGUCUCCAACCGGACCUGCCAAGUGUCCUGCUCAACUCCCACAUGGACGUCGUUCCAGUCUUUCCGGAGAAGUGGUCGCACCCUCCGUUCGGCGCCGAAAUUGACGAGGAAGGCCGCAUUUUUGCCAGAGGUAGCCAGGAUAUGAAGUGUGUGGGAAUGCAGUAUUUGGCUGCCAUUAGGGCUUUGAAGCGAAGUGGUGCUCGGUUCAAGAGGACUAUCCACAUCUCCUUUGUACCAGAUGAAGAAGUAGGGGGAAAAUUGGGCAUGUUCGCCUUUGUGACCUCGCCGGAAUUCCGAUCCCUGAACGUUGGGUUCAGCCUGGAUGAAGGGAUCGCCUCGCCCAGCUCAGAGUUUCCUGUAUUCUUCGCCGAGCGAUCCGUGAGACGUGUGAUUUUUAAGAUUGGCGGUUCAGCAGGCCACGGCUUGCUUCUAAUGCCCAAUACGGCGGGGGAAAAGCUAAGCUACAUCCUCGAGAGGAUGAUGGAAUUUCGAAGCACUCAGGUGAGACGACUGAAGGACAACCCGGAGCUUCAGAUCGGAGAUGUGACGACCAUCAAUCUGACCACGGUGACCGGCGGAGUCCAGAGCAAUGUGGUUCCUCCAUUGCUGACAGUUUGCUUUGAUUGCCGUUUGUCGAUGGACAUUGACAUCUCGGAGUUUCAUUCAACGCUUUUAAAGUGGUCUGAAGAGGCGGGUGGAGACAUCGAAGUCGAAUUCGGAACGACUCAGAGCACGGGACGCGUUCCCCCCACUGCAACUAACGACUCCAAUCCCUUCUGGGUGGCUUUCAAGAAGGCAACGGAUGAUCUGGGACUCUCCAUUAAACUUCAGGUGUUUCCUGGUGGCACCGACAGUCGCUACAUUCGCAAUGUGGGCAUUCCGGCCUUGGGAUUCUCGCCGAUGAACAAUACUCCAGUCCUGCUUCACGACCACGACGAAUACCUGCACGCAGAAACCUACCUGAAUGGAGUGGAGACUUACAUAAAGAUUAUUGGCAAUGUUGCCAAUGCGUAG